CUGUCUUCUACUUUCCAUUAAACAGUGCAAGGUAGAAAAAGUUGUCAUAACUUUUUUCGUCUUUUGAACGUGAAAACAGUGUUUGUUCUAACGUUUUUUGUAUUAUCCAUGGUAUUAGAAUAUUUCUCUAGUGUUCUUGCUUAAUUUUUCUUGAAAUAAACCUCAGGAAAGGAAUUCCAUAAAAUCUUCAGAAAUCAGCUCAUCUGGAACUCCAAUGUCUAGAUUAAACUCUCAUGGAGCAACGGGAUUACGGAAUAUCAAUCUUGAAGAGAUAUGGGCCGAUCUGGAAGGUGGAAUAAAACAGGUCUACAAACAGGAGCAGAGCCUGAGCUUUGCCCGUUAUAUGCAGCUCUAUACCCAUGUCUACAAUUACUGUACCAGCGUUCAUCAGCAGCCUGCUAAUCGGCAAUCAUCAUCCAAGGUUUCGAAAAAAGGAACGGCAAUUCCUUCCGGUGAGCAGCAGAUGGCAAAACCAUUAAAAUCAGGCAUUGAAUUUAAUCCAUACCAUUUAACCGUAGGUGGUGCUCAACUCGUCGGCCAGGAGUUGUACAAGCGCCUGAAGGAAUUUCUCGAAUGUUACUUGAUCAAAUUGCAAGCAAAUGGCAUCGAUCUUAUGGACGAGGAAGUUUUGAGCUUCUACACGAAGCGAUGGGAAGAGUAUCAGUUCUCGAGUAAAGUGCUGCACGGCGUGUGCGCCUAUCUGAAUCGACAUUGGGUGAAACGCGAGUGCGAAGAGGGCCGCAAGGAUGUCUACGAAAUCUAUCAGUUGGCGCUGGUAACGUGGCGCGGAAACCUAUUCAAGCAGCUUAACAAGCAAGUCACGAACGCGGUCCUGAAGCUGAUCGAACGGGAACGCAAUGGUGAAACCAUCAACUCGCGUCUGGUAUCCGGUGUGAUCAACUGUUAUGUCGAGCUGGGACUUAACGAGGAGGAUCCGAAUGCGAAAGGACAGAAUCUUUCGGUAUAUAAGGAAAGCUUUGAAAAUAUUUUCCUGGAGGAUACCGAAAUGUUCUACACUCGUGAAAGUGCGGAAUUCCUGAGGGAGAAUCCCGUGACCGAGUACAUGAAGCGUGUCGAAUUGCGACUGAACGAGGAGCAGAAGCGUGUGCAGGUGUACUUGCAUGAAAGCACCCAAGACAGGUUGGCCAAAACAUGCGAACGGGUGCUGAUUCAAAAACAUUUAGAACAGUUCCGUACUGAGUUCCAGAAUCUACUGGAUUCUGAUAAGAACUCCGAUCUGCGUCGUAUGUAUUCGCUAGUAGCACGCAUCACAGAAGGGCUGGUGGAAUUAAAGGCGAUCCUGGAAACCCACAUCCACAACCAAGGUUUAGCUGCGAUUGCCAAGUGCGGAGAAGCUGCUUUGAAUGAUCCUAAGAUCUACGUUCAAACCAUUCUGGAGGUGCACAAGAAGUACAAUGCACUGGUACUUACGGCAUUCAACAACGACAGUGGAUUUGUGGCUGCAUUGGACAAGGCCUGUGGUAAAUUUAUCAACACAAAUGCCGUCACAGAAGCCAGCAAGAGUGCCAGUAAGAGUCCAGAACUUCUGGCCAAAUAUUGUGAUUUGUUGCUGAAGAAAUCUAGCAAAAAUCCAGAGGAAGCAGAACUGGAAGAUACCCUGAAUCAAGUGAUGGUUGUCUUCAAAUACAUCGAAGAUAAGGAUGUAUUCCAGAAGUUCUACAGUAAAAUGCUGGCCAAGCGCCUCUGUCAUCACAUGUCCGCAAGCGACGAUGCCGAAGCAUCGAUGAUUUCCAAACUGAAGCAGGCCUGCGGGUUCGAGUACACCAGCAAAUUACAGCGAAUGUUCCAGGACAUUGGAGUUUCGAAGGAUCUCAACGAACAAUACAAACAGCACGUCAAGGGACUGCGAGACGCAACCAGGCAGCAAACUGGCAAUGAAAUCGACUUCACUAUAUUGGUGCUUUCCAGCGGUUCCUGGCCGUUCAAUCAAAGCUUCACGUUUUCGCUACCGUUUGAGCUUGAACAAUCUGUCCAUCGAUUUAACAAUUUUUAUGCCAAACAACAUUCCGGACGAAAGCUCAACUGGCUGUACAACAUGUGUCGUGGCGAGCUAAUCACAAACUGCUUCCGGAUGCGGUAUACUCUCCAGGCCAGCACGUUCCAAAUGGCCGUUCUACUACAGUUUAAUGAACAACAAUCGUGGACUAUUCAACAAUUGAGUGAGAACACCGGAAUUAAUCACGAAAACUUGAUCCAGGUUCUACAGAUUCUUCUCAAGACAAAACUGCUUGAAUCCUACGACGACGAAGCCAAUCUUCAACCAUCUUCUUCAGUUGAGCUAAAUACUGGAUUCAAGAACAAAAAGCUCCGCAUCAAUAUAAACUUCCCGCUGAAGACGGAACUUAAAGUUGAGCAGGAGGCGACCCACAAACACAUCGAAGAGGAUCGUAAGAUCCUGAUACAGGCCGCGAUAGUAAGAAUUAUGAAAAUGCGCAAGGCACUGAACCACACCCACCUUGUCGGCGAAGUCCUAAAUCAGCUGUCGACGCGUUUCAAACCCAAGGUUCAGGUGAUCAAGAAAUGCAUCGAUAUUCUGAUAGAAAAAGAAUAUCUCGAACGCCAGGAAGGACAGAAAGACACCUACAGCUAUCUAGCUUGAUUCGUUUUUGGAAUACUCUUCGUAGUUAUCUAAACAACUCCGCAAAAUAUAGUACCGAAUGUAGAAGUAAAAUAAACCUGUUAAAAACACUCAUAAAAUAGUUAAAAUUUCAUUGCUGUUCCAUGAAAUUAUAACAACAAAAACAUCAGAUUAUACAAUAAGACGGAUCGAUUCAUGUUAAUGGGUUUUUUAACUAUGCUAAUUCAACGACCAGGAUCAUUGCUUGUGUUUUGCAGCUUUUUUUUAUUAAUUUAGACGUAUUUAGUGCACGGGUUAUUCUCUCUUUCAUUAAAAAUCUUGUUUUUUCGAUAAUGUAGUAUGGGAGGUCUAAAAAAUAAUCUAGCAAAAUUUUGUUAUGCCUGUUUUGACGUAUUUUAAUCUGAUCAUUGAAGCUUUCCAAAACUUCAUUGAAAUUAUUAUGUAAUGGAGCUCGAACACAUGUAACCAUCGUUUUUGGGGUUUAGAAUUAGAUUUUGAAAUUGAUUUGCACACCACGUAGCUUCAAUCAGUCAAAUCUACUGCGUAGUUAUUUUUUUAGAUCCUGAACCAUAAACAUCAUUGAUCCAAAAUGCAAGUAUAAAAUAGUUUAUUUGUCAAGACUGGAGAAAUGUAUCUAGAACUCUAAAAAAUACCUGACUUAACAUCGUGAAUAGUGAUGACUAAAAAACCAUUCAGUCCAGCCAACAAAGUGUAACAGCAGAUAGAGAUGUUUAAAAAAUAAAAUUCCAUCAUGUGUAAAUAGUUGA